GCGGGAUGAGAGCUUCGUUUCUGUUCCAUGUGGCGUGUGGUUGGGAUAUUUUUCCAACAGUCACUGUUAACUAUUUCCUGUCCGUUCAUAGUCCCGUGGGAUUAGGUGUCUGUUCUUAUCGUUAAUUUCAUUCACGGAUUCUUGAAGAAUGGCCGUCCUUAUCAACAGGUCGGAUACGGUGUCGUAAGUGCAUGGCGAUAGGUAUGCUACCACUUCAGUGUCAAACCAACGAUAUGUAUCGUGUUAAUCUGUUUAAUUGCGCUUGUAAACGAAAUGCACUGCAGUGUAGAAAAUGUUGAUUUCACUUAAAGUUACAGUGCAUAAACAAAAUGUUAGCAAUUUGUUUGAGGAAGAUCAGCUAAUCUUGUUGCUUCACAUACUGGAUUUAUUUACAGUUUUUACAAAGCAGCAUGACACGGUCGUUAACGUUUGUCACAUGACUCAGAAAUCAACACCAGUAGCACGUGCAUAUUUGAUCGACAGACGACGUCUAGGAAUGGCACACUUCCGGUUUGCAAUAUGGUAGACAAGACAGCAACAUGAAAACAAAAACAGAUUGUUGUGAAAGUUAAAACAGAAAGGAUAUAGCAACACCAGCGUUUGUUUUCUCCAACGGAUAAGCUGUUAUUAAAAGGGAUUGUGUGUUUUAUCAAAUUUCAAAGACGGAAUUUCUUAUAUAUCGAGGCGAUAGCGUCGAGAAUGACACUGGACUAACACAAACAUCCACACUAUGACGAAGAAACUUAUUGUUCCCGGUACGUUUGAGCUGAAGAAUAUCCUCCAGGAGAAGGGACCGUUGCCUCACCCAAAGAAACCCCGGAUCCGGAAAUGUGAGCUCAUUCAAGACGUGUCCAAGUUCAAAGAUGUCGACGAGCAUGCGGCUAAGGUUGCUGGCUCCACCCAUCGAUUCUUCCGCGAGUUGAUCUGGCAGCUCAUCCACAGUUGUGCGGCUGUUAAAACAGACUUGGACAAAGUCAGGGCAAUAUUCCAAUGGCUAACUCUACGGGAUCUCAACCGCCCGUUUUUCACAGAAGAAACGGCUAACAACACCGUGGAAUACAUUAUGAAAGAGUUUCAGCAAGGACAGAGAACUCAUGCACAGAUUUUCCAGAUAAUUUGUCUGUAUUCUGGUAUAUACUGCAAAGUUGUCACGGGUGUUGCUAAGGGUAAGGACUAUUUUCCUGGUCAAGCAUGCGCUCUCGACAAGUUCCGGCAUUGCUGGAAUGUGGUGUUCAUCAAAGAAAACUGGUUUCCUGUUGAUGCGAAAUGGGGAAGCCGUCAAGUGUCAAACGAGAGAUCGGAUAGUUACAGUGAUUUCUAUUUCCUGACUGACCCGGACCAACUACAGCUGAGUCAUUGGUCAGAUGUACCCAGCUGGCAGCUAGUCGAUCGUCCAAUCAGUUCGUCUGAAUUUGAACAUUUACCCUUUGUUAAGCCCCACUUCUUCAAGUGUGGACUCAAUUUUAUAUCAAACGUGAAGGCAGUCAUUGAGACACGUCGGGGGCAGGUGAAAUGGGACAUCGGUCUGGGAACCCCAGUCAAGUUCUCGUAUAAACUCGUAUCCUCCGAGACUCGUCAGGAGCAGUGUGGUGAUGUUAACUUGAAGGAUUUUAUAUUCCACGAAAUCCAGAAUGGCCGUGCUAGUUUCAUACUCAGGUCUCCCCUUCCGGGUACAUAUUACUUAAAACUGUUUGCCAAGCGCCAAGAAGAAAGGUCCAUAAAUCGGAGUCGGUUUCUUGAGGUUCUGGAAUACAAGGUUCAGAUAGACAAAUCUUGUAUCGAAGACGAUCCUCUACCAAGAUGCUGGGAUCACACAUGGGGUCCGGGGGAGAGGACAGAACGAUUCUGUAUCUACCCUGUUCAGAAACGUGGUAACAUUACUACAAGUGAAAAAUCUAUCAACUUAGAAAUCAACAAAACUAGACCAGUUCAUCUACUCUACCGGUUCUGUCGGAAUGGCUGGAAGGAUUCGGAACUGCAGAAAUGUGUAAAAGUUGUCCAGGACAACGACACAAAAGCUUACGUUUCGAUCACUUUACCCAUGGCGGGAGAAUACGGACUUGAACUUUAUGCUUUUAUACCUUCUAAACCGGAAGUAGCUUAUACUCACAUAUGUCAGUAUUUCAUUUCCUGUCAGAGGAGAGAUGAAGAAUUGGACGACUCCGUAAUAGAAAAAUUUCUUGUCCGGAACGACAAACGACCACCUAUGCAGAUCGCAGACAAGCCAAUGACUAAUGGAGGCCCGGAAGUAUCGAAUCCUGGCGAAGCACCAUCCACCUUUGAUCCCAAACCUGUGACUGACGAUGAAUUAGAUGGUACACUUCCGGUUACGGUGUCAUCAGCCGAUUAUACAAUUAUACUGGACAAACAUAAGGAGAGCAUGCGCGAAAUGGACGGAUAUGCUAGAGAGGUCUGUGAAAAACACCACGCGACAUUCCGAGACCUGUUGUGGGAUCUGCUGUCUUGUAAACCUGUAGAGGAUCCGUUUACCAAGGUCAGAAUCCUGUACCUGUGGCUGGCUACCAAGAAAGUGCAGGACAUCACGUUUGAAGAUGUCACAGAGGGAAGUCCGGAGGAGACACUCCACUGUCUACACACGGGCCGAACCACGUACGCCAUGGCUUUUCAUACCCUAUGCAGGUACAGUGGAAUCCCCUCCCGAGUUUUGACCGGCCAGGCGAAAGGUACAGACUACAAGCCCGGACAGACCAUGGGCGGACCAGGCUCAAACUUCCACACGUGGAACGUCGUUAACGUGGACGGUCAUUGGUACUUUGUUGACAUUCGGUUUGCCCGGCGACCAAUCAUCAGUAACCUAACGACAUCAGGUGACAUCCAGCACGGUCUGGACGACCAUUUCUUCCUAACUAUUCCCUCUAGGUUUAUAUACACUCACUUCCCUGAUGAUCAACAGUGGCAGCUACUGGAACCGCAUGUUACCAUGGAGGAGUUCUCAAACAUGCCAGUCAUGACCCCACAUUUUUUCCUCCUCGGUCUCGACAUCUUCAGUCACGAUACUUACCAAGUUAUCAGUAAAGGAGAGACAACCAUCACAUUACGUUACCCCACCAACUGUCCUCCAUUCCACUUCACCUUCAGCAUACAACCUGAUGUGAAGAACGACGAGGGCGAGGGUCAAAAAUUGAAUCGCUAUGGUAUGCUUGAAGCACAUGAUGGUAUAAUCACCUUUAGGCUUCGUCUACCAGAGACGGGUUCGUAUACGUUCUUUGUUUAUGCUAAAGAAGACUCACCAGAGAAAAAAGACAGCAUGUUCGCCCAGGUGUGUGAGUAUAAGAUUAUCCAAGAGGAGGUUCUGUCACCGGUUGCCAAGCCUUACCCUCCGUGUGCCUACCAAAGUUGGGGACCUGGGUCUGCAUUCUACCUAUUCGGCAUGUUUACUGAGCACACAAACGCUAUCAUCUCAACUCAACAAGGACAGGCCACUCUAAUCGUUACCACGCCUAAGAUCAUGCAGUACAGAACGAGGCUGGUUCAGUUCCAGGACGCAACUGAUUUUGAGGGUUAUGUCAUUCACCGAACAUCUGGUAACGCGACCAAAUUCUCUAUCACAGCCCCGGGACGUGGUGAGUAUGGUUUCGAAAUAUAUGCCAAAGACCCGGAUAUAGACUCCAAGAAGAUGCGUCAUGUAGCACAGUAUCUUGUCGUCUGUGAUGAAGAAGUCAAGCCUAUGCAACUGCCCCGUCUUCCGUCAGGUUUCCUCGGAGAGCAGCCGAUGUUGGUUAAACACGGAAUCAUCCCUGCUACUCAUCCAGAUCCCAUCAUGCAUCUCGACGGAAAUUACGUCGAAAUAGAGUUUCACACGUCAAAGGGCAUGCGCUUCACCUCCAGCAUGAACGAAAUUGAAACAAAACGGGAAUGUUCCGAGUUCAUAUUUAUACAGUCUAUUAGUGAAGGAAUCCGUCUAUGCGUGCUCCUUCCGCAAGAAGGCUUCUUUGCUUUAUGUAUCCAUGGUAACCUAUUCGAGGACAACAGUCAGCAGAUACCAGGUUUAUAUAACUACCUGAUACAUUGUAAACAGCUUACCGCCCCAGUGGUGCGCUACCCAAAACAGUUCGGCUACUGGAAGGAGGGUUGCUACAUGUGGGAGCCACUAGCCAUCCCACCCAAGACGGAAACGGAGCUAAUUCCAUUCCGUGUACGGAUUCCAAAAGCGUUCACAGUGGCGGUUGUGGUGGACCAAGACUGGACUCGCCUUGACCAGGACGAUUCCGGAGUAUGGGAAGGCAAAGUAGAACUCGUUCCUAACCAGGAAGCUCCAUCCAGGAUCGUUCUAGUGGCGAGCUACGAUGUAGAACAGAGUCGCUUUUCCUCUCUUCUAGAGUAUAGUGUCUAGAACCACAAUGAAUGUCACCGGUGUACAACGUCAAUGUACAACUUCUAGAACCAUAAAGGAGGACUUUUAUCGGAGUAAAGAAUCCAGUGUCCCAAAGGAUUACAACAUCUAGAUUCACGACAGUGUCUUAACCGGAGUUCAAUGUCUAGAAGCAACACGGAGGGUUACUUCACCGCGUAGAACAAUAAUCGAAAGUUAUCAUCAGAGUACAGCGUCUUAAGUCAUAAAGGAGGAUUAUUACUUUUGGAUAACAGCAUCUAGUGCUAUAAAGGAGUGCUAUUUACCCGAGUGUUAAGAAUGAAGAAGGAGUGUUAUUUGUGAUAUAUAAUGCCGGGGUGGCUGUUCACUUUGGGUCCGAUAAGUGAUCAUUGCGUUCAUAUUGGAAUUGCGCUUUGGCAGCUAUACAGGUAGCUUCCUGGUGCCUCGAUUUGGAACGACACUACGAUGUGGCGUAUAUAUUGAUACUUAGACAUGAUAUGAUAUUUUAAACCGGUUAGUAAGUGACGAUAUAUGUCCACUCGGGGGAGUAGAAAAUCAGUUUAUAUCUUUCUGUGCUGAUGUAAUUAUCGAAAUCCUGGUACAUAAGUGUCCAUCUGGGGGCGCUGUGGAUUUGUCUUUUUCAAGAAAUAUAAGCAAUGUCGGUGUUCUGUUGUAAGCAUCAGGAUGAAUUCGUUUCCACAGCAAAGUGUUGUAUAUUUGUUUUUGUGUGUCCUUUGUGGGCUCUACAUUUACCUGUAUAAAAGCUGUGAAGAAAUCAGGAUAACAAAAGCACCACAUCCUUUCGGGGUGCUGAAGUCAAAGUGUGACGGAAUUGGUUAAUAGAAUUCGCACACCUGGGUCUGUGCUACUGAACACGUGAUAUUAUUACUUUAUACCAUGUCCCCGAAAGGUAUUCAUUACCACACUAGGUCAUACCCAAACACCGUGCAAAGUGGCCAAGAGAAACACUGGUAGAAAAUCAAACAGAUAUGCAAAACCUACUAUAAAAACCGAUUAAAAAACCUCACCAACUAGAUGUCCGUCCUGUUUAUAGUUGCAACUGAGCUAAGUGACCAUAUUGGGGAUAACCCUUCACAACACACACCCUUCACAACGGUCACCCUUCACAACACACAUCAAAUUACGCACCCUUAACAGCUCAUCGUUCAUAACGAAAACCAUUCACAACACGUACCCUUCACAACACACACCCUUCACAACGGUCACCCUUCACAACGCACACCCUUCACAACGCACACCCUUCACAACACGCACCCUUCACAACGCACACCCUUCACAACACGCACCCUUCACAACACACACCCUUCACAACCAUACUGUUCACCCUACGCCCCAGAUGAUAUUUGUAACACAUUGAUAUAUGUUAUGUAGCAGAUUGAAGAAUAAACUUUUGUGGUACCCACAA